AUGUCCAACAUGUUGGGGUAUGAGCUGAACGCUGGGAGUGUCUUGUCCAUCAUCAACGCCGGCAUCAUCAUGAUCCAAUACACUUUGCCCCUCUUCCUCGGCAUCCUCCUCGCUGGCGUGAUCGAUAACGCCUGCUCCGCCAACACCUGGUCCGUCAUCUCCACCCUUCUCCACAACUCCUGGUUGCACGCCGUCCUCCGCUCCGACAGUGUUCCCAGCAAGUACAUUGCACGCCCCGUCCUGCUCAUCUCCUACUUGAGCAUCGCCGCGGCGGGUCUCAUGACCCUCACCAGUGUUCUCAUUCCGCUCGGCGUCAGAGACGAUUACAAGGGCCUCGACGUUCCCGGCCUGCGCUUCGAGCUGGCUGUGGACAACGACUCGUUCUCCCUCGGGACCGCCGAGCGAAACGAGUAUUCACUGACGAGGGUGUGUGGCGCGAGCGAUGAUAGGUGUCCAGGGCAGGAGAGCGAGACGGGGGAGGAGGAGGAGGGCAGAUUCGAGGUCGCGCCGUGGAAGCCAGUGAUGACGGCGGAGGAUGACAGUCCGGUAUGGGUGGAGACAAGCACGAGGUCGAGCAGCAGCAGAGCGAGCACGAGGGCGAGCACCAGCAGAACGAGCACUAGCACGAGCGCCAGCAGAACGAGCACCAGCACGAGCACGAGCACCAGCGUUGGAACGAGUACUACUACCACGUCAACGGCCCCCGUCUCCAGUGCCCCGCCCACGGCCGCCGUGACCCAGGAACCGCCGGUAAGUGAGACGGCCCCCGUCUCCAGUGCUCCGUCGACGGCCGCCGUGACCCAGGCGGCCCCCGUCUCCAGUGCUCCGCCAACGGCCCCCGUGACCCAGGCGCCCCCCGUGAGUGAGGCGGCCCCCGUGAGUCAGGCGGCCCCCGUGAGCGAGGCCGCCCCCGUGAGUGAGGCCACCACCGUGAGUGAGGCGGCCCCCACGAACCAGGUGGCGGCGCAGUCGGAAGUCAUCACUGCGGCAACUACUACUGCUGGCGGCAACGCCAGGAACGCCAUGCAGGUGGUCACCAUCGACUUCAGGCCUACCUCCGCCCCCCGUCCCCGCCUCGCUCGCCGUGCAACCGUGAAAAAGUACCGCAUCGGCGGGGAGGUGCCCGCGCCCCUGUUGAGACUGUUCGGAAACACGUCCAGCUACGGCGAGAGCGUGGCGAGUGUCUUUGACAUCCAGUUCCGCAACUACCUUAUCCUCCAGAAGGACGAGCAUAGGCUCUCCAAUGGGCUGCGCUACGCCAUCGGGCAGUUCCGCUUCCUGGAGACGCUCGUCCUGAGCCAGGGCUACAAGCUGAUCGAGGGGCUGAUUGUGAAUACGCAGGGCGGCGGCGGCGUGGGCUUCCGGACGCAUGCGGUUCCGGACCGCGAGCGGAAGAGGUAUGGUGCGAGCUGGGAGGAGACACUGCUCUGGGUGACGCCGGAGACGGUGUGUGUGCCGAAUAAUGUGAGCAUGCGGGUGACCACGAAUGACGAAGGCGGGUCGACAAGCGUGUUGGUGGACACGGGGGGAUUCAGCGGGCUGGCGGGGGCGCAGGAUCCCGAGGUGCCAGCGGAUGUGGAAGGCGUGCCGGACCUGGCGGGCAGGGCAUGGAGCGGGGCGUACUUUUUCAAUAAGGAUGUGGCGGCGGCGGUGGGGGCAGGCGGGGGGGGACAAGGGAGGAAAGAGUUUGAUAUUGAGGGAACCGGUCUGUGGACUGAGACUCUGAGGACUGUGGGUGAGAGUCUGGGAAGUAGCCUGUUUGCAGUGCAUCGGAUGCCGCUGGGGGCGAGCAUUGUGGGUGGAACACAGAAUAGUACGAGUAUUGACACUCACUGCGCUGGCUUCACCACCGACACGCCCUCCGGUGCCCCCCUCGUCACCUGCGGCCUCAUCAUUGGUGCCCCCCGCCGCGACGACGGCCAAUCGACCACGCUCUCCGGCGCCUACAACUACCCGCUGUACACCUGCGCAACGGCCAUCCGUGCCUCCCUGCGCACCACAAACUUCACCUCCACGGGCGCCACCCGCAACCUCGCCUCAGUUACCGUCAACAACACUACCCUCACUGCCUCACCGCCCCUCUGGGGCGUGGAGACACGCGCCAACCUCACCGCCGCCCUCAUCAGCCCGCUCUGGGGCCCACUGCACCCCGACCAUGAGAACGCUGCAAACAUGACGGCCCGUCGAGCGCCCUUCCUGUACCUGCCUGCCGGCCAGGGUGGGAACGGCAUCACAGAUUCCCUCGCGGGGACGGGGGCGUACCAGUAUGCGGCGAGCUUUAUGUACAUGGAUACCAGCCCGAUGACGCCGGAUUAUAGCGGGAGGACCAACUAUGCAAUGUUUCGCCAAUGGGACCGGGUUACGGCUGACGCGGGGAGCGCCGCCGAACUGCCGGGCCUGAUCUGGACAGACGUGUUUGCCAACUUGGCCACGAGUGUGUCUACGGGCGGUAAGGGGGUCGGGCUCGUGCGCGUGGAUUACCACGUGGUGCGGUAUCAAGUGCGGUAUGCGGUGCCCGGCAUGCUGCUGGUCCUCCUGUGGCUCAGCGUGCUUGGGGCCGCGGUAGUGUUGUGGGUGAGGCGGCGGGUGAGGUUAAGGCAGGUGCGGCUGCUGCUGAACCAGCUGAGUACGGGGAGGCUGGUGGUGAACAUGUUGGCUGGGGGAAGGAAUGGGGCGCUGCCGCCAAAGCAGUGGGCGAAAGAGAUGGGCAGGACGGUGGUGGGGCUGCAUUAUUGCCACGCCGACGGGGGGGAGGUAUCGUCGCAGGAUGGGAUGGCGGUCCAGUUUGUGGGGGGGCGGGAGGAGGAGAGGGAUAGCUCUUCUCACGGCUGGUGGCCAAGCUGCAUGCCGGGCAGGAGGCAGGGCAGGAGGCCGGAAUUGACACCGGACGAGACGCUGGACGACGGGCGGCCCAGGAGGACGGACUGGACGCCGGGUAGGAGGCCGGACUGGAUGCCGGUCCGGUUUGAGAAGGGGUUGACGGAGGGGCGGGAUAUGAUGAGAGAUACAAAAUCGAGCGAGAAGGUGCCGGUGGAGGGGUGGGACACGAGUAGUGAGAUAACAAGCAACACGCUGGCCCAGUUUGUGAAGUUGCCGGUGGAGGCGCCGGAGGAUAGGAGGGUGAUGGAUAUGUUGAUCCGCAGGCCGUAG